AUGGAGUCCAAAAGCUCCUCGCACCAGAUCGAUCCGGGCACGGCCAAGAGUCCGCAGUUGAGCGGCGAGCAAUGGACGGCGGCGGCGCAGGGGAUGGGUAUCAAUCCGUUCUUGAGCGCCGGUGGUGGCGUCGUGGGUGAAGAAGAGGCGGCGAGGCUGUCGCGCAAGGUGGGGAAGCGGCGCAAGAUCGAGGCCAAGCAGAUGACGGAGAUUAUGUGGUCGGCCAUUGCGCCGUCGGCGGUCAAGCACACGAGGACGACGAUCACGAACGACAAUGUGUUUAAUCGCGAACCUAUUCCAAACUAUGCGCCGAGGCUCGAGUCCACGACCAACCGACGUGUGGGCAUGUUCCCGCCCCGACCAGCGAUCACUGCGGGAUACCGUCCGCAGACCUUUAGCAACCACCAGAGAGAGCUACAGCACGGCCUCAUAUCAGACAUUGACGGUGCGCCGCGCGACCUCAGCAAACUCUCGCACAUCUGCCAGGAUACCUACUGGCCGUUCUUCGUGGUCGAGAUCAGCGACACGUCCAUGCAGGCGGCGAGUGACCUGGCCAUCGACGGGACGGCAAGCUGUAACAACGCCUUGAUGACGCUGGCGUCCGCGCUCCUCAACCCCAACGCCCUGGCGCCGGAUGAUCAGCUGGUCGACUGCGUCAAUCAGAGCAUUGCAUCGUUUGCACUGGCCAUCCACAAGAAAUCGGCUCGGCUCAUCGCGCACUAUUCAGAAGGCUUUGUCGCGGAGACGGUGGGCGUCGUGCAGACGUAUAACCUCGAGUCGGAGACGGAGAUGGCGGCGAUGCUGGCUCGCAUCGAGAGCAUUUUCGCCUGGGCCGAGGCCGUGCGAUUACGAGCCAUCACGGAUCUCCUGAGCAUCCUGGACCGGCGAGUCAACUUCAGUGAGUGUGUUGCCGAUCAAGAGACGGCGGCAAGAGGGCCGAUGGACGUGGUGGGGGCGCGCGGCUCAGAGAUGGGCGGUGGGGAUAGGAAGGGGCUCUUCAUGUCGGUUAUUGGCAGCAGCAUGCCCUCCUGGUCACGGGUCGAGAUAUGA